AUGACAUUGAAUUCACCAUUCUCAAUUAUUUGGCUUGAUGCUCAUAUUGGUUUAUCUACGGAAUGUCGAGGAUUGAAAACAUUAUACCAAUCAGAACUUGCACUUGCAGCAGCAGAGUUUCCUGUUCCAGUUGAUCCGAUUGAUGCAGCGAUCUGCUCUGAUAUACGUGAAUUUGGUGCACCUGUUUCGUUUGCCGCAACAAUAGAAGAUGCAUUACAACUUAUUGAUGCAAAUUCAUAUUAUCAGAAAAAGAUAAUAUUUAUUACUUCAGCUUCAUUAGGAAAAGAGAUUAUUCCAAAAAUUCUGGAAGAAAAUUUUUCUAUUCAUUCAUAUUAUAUAUUUUGCGCCGAUAUGCCAUCGAAUGUUGAAUGGGCAUUAAAAUGUCGUGAGGAUCAUGGCAUGGAUAUAAAAAUGUUUGAUCAUGAAACAGAUCUUUUAAUACGGUUAUCUAGAGAUUUAAGUGAUGCGUUAAUUGAACAAGGAAAACUACUAUUUGACAGUAAGCCUAAAGAAGCUCUUAAUUAUUUUGAAUGUGCUCGUGCAUUAGCUGAGAAGGCUGUUGAACAUGAUACACCCAAGGAUAGUAAUGAUCUUCAUCGUCCAUGGACUACACAUCGACGAAUUUUAGGUGGUGAAAAUGGUCUUAUCGCGCGAGCAAAACGAGCAUGUAAUAACAAUUAA